GAACUUAUGACGUCAAUUGUAUGGGGAAAAGAAAUGAAAUGUAGAUAAUUUUUGUCAGUCUAUUUCUGUUGUUAUCCUACUCGACUCGUGUCGUACACGUAACGUACUGUGUUUGUUUUCUUUUUACUUUUCAGUUUUUGUUUUAUCUAUUUAACUAAAUUCAACAAGAGACACACAAAUAAUAAAACAAAAACAAUGACGUAUUGUGCAGUAGUUGGUUGCAACAACAGCAAUGAUAAAAGACGAAUUAAAAAUCCCGUGAAUAAUGUUGAACCUAGUUUCUGUCGAUUCCCGGACGAUGAACAGUUACGAAGAGUAUGGUUAUACAGAUGCGGUCGUCCAACUGAUUGCACAGCAAAACGUUUGUUUGUUUGCCUAAAACAUUUCAAAAGUUCAGACUAUGUGCGAAAUUUGAGACAUGAACUUUUAAAUUAUCAUCCAAAAAAUUGCAGGAAGAUUAAAAUGUAUGCGGUACCGUGUUUGUUUUUGCCACCUUCUGUAAUUGUUCCAGAUUCCGAAUUAAAUGAAACACCCACGAAAGUAAUACCAAGUAAAAAAUCUUUUGAACCGAAUCCAAAAAUAAAAAGCAAAACAGACAAAAUUGUAGUGUCAACGGCCACUCAAAUUAUAGCCUCAUCCUUAACCUCAACCAUAGCCUCAAACUCUACUCCAACUCUAACUCUUAACUCAACUCGAACACCUGUAACGAAAAAGUAUUAUGCCACAUGGGAGAAUAAGCCUACCGAUGCAGAUCGACUGCAAUGUGAGUUCAUCGAUUAUGUGGUUAUCUCAUAUUUGAAUCGAUGCCGAUCCCGAGCUGGUAAUCCUAAUGUUGGCAUGCCUGAGUAUAUUUUAAAAGGAAAAGCUCUGGAAGCAGAGGUUUUAUUGGGUGCACGUCUGACAGAUCCAUUUCAUUGGGUUGAAAAUUUUAAGCGAAAACUUGCUGAACAUGAUGCAAAAGGAAUAGUCUUAUCACCAUUGCCUCAAUCACUUAACGUGGCCGAUAUAAUAAGUGAUGAGUGGCCAAAAUUUGCCAAAGAAAAAGGUUUGGAUAUAGGCGAGGACUCAGAAGAAACUAUCAGUGCACAUGAGGAAAUUUUAAAACCUGUGGUACCUAUAAAUAAUGAGGUUGCUUCACAAAGCAAAAAUCAACAAGCAACACAUUCUUCAAAUUUACCAAGAGCCAUAAUGCGGCCGAAGCGGGUAAUGGAAGAAACUCUCGAAGAUCAAAAUCAAGUAAAAAACGAAAAGCACGAAGAAUUUCUAAGACAUGUGUUGAUGUCAUUUAUUAGACGUUUUACUGCAACAUGGCCUCAUGCUGAAGUUCCCGAUAUGGUAUUGAGUGCAAAGUAUAGAGAAGCAGCCAUAAUUUUGCAAACGAAUAUCAAAAACAAAAGCGUAUGGCUUGCGCAAUUAAAAAAUACGAGAAGGCACAUUCCCGAUCAAUUCCCUUACACCGUACCCAAUCAAUCUUUGGACAUGGCCGACAUUAUCGAAGUAGAGCGGUGUAAAUUUGAUUUUGAAAAACUUAUGGCCAACGAAGAAACAAAAUUAACUCCAGAAGAAAUUGAAAUCAUCACCAGCGAUGACACAGGAUUAACUGCGCAAGAAAUUCAAAUCAACACCAGCGAAGAGACAAGAUUAAUUGCUGAAGAAAUUGAAAUCAUCACCAGCGAAGAACCAAGAUUAACUGCUGAAGAAAUUGAAAUCAUCACCAGCGAAGAGACAAGAUUAAUUGCUGAAGAAAUUGAAAUCAUCACCAGCGAAGAACCAAGAUUAACUGCUGAAGAAAUUGAAAUUAUCACCAGCGGAGACACAACAUUAACUGCGUAUGAAGAUGAAAUCAUCACCGGACCAAAUCAGUCUUUGAACGCGAUUAUUGAGGAUAGUAUCAAUGAAGAAGAUGAAGAAGAAGAUAAUAUAACAUUAAUUUUAGUAGAAGAUAGUGAGCCGGAAGAAGUUGAAGAUACUAUAACAUCAGUUUUAUCAAAAGGAAGUCAUUCAGAAAAAAUUGUAAAUAGGAAAACAUCAGCUUUAGUAAAAGAAAGUGAGCCGGAGGAAGUCCAUGUUAUUACCAGCGAAGCAUUAAGUAUUGUGGAUGAAACAGAGGAAACCUCUGAUUUAAUAGAAACCUAUGAAGAGGCACUAGACUGUUUGAGUUUGUUAAAUAACUAUGCGUUGGAGUUGGGCGAUUUCAAUGCUUUGACACUUAUAAGACAAGUAGACUCAUACUUGAGAAGUGAUGAUUGUAAAUAAAAGAUGUUAAAUUAAUCAUAAGAAAACUCAUAUCUUUAAGAAAACAUAUUUGUAUAUUUUUUAAUUAAUAAAAUUAAGAAAUUGUUACUUUA